GCAUACAUUUUCUGUUUUAGGCUUUAGUUGGGAAGCCCAAAAUAUUGAAGAACAUUGUCAAAGUUCUAGAAGACACAGAAGGUGUGAAAGGAGUCAGAGUGCAGAGAAACCCUCUGAAUAUACUCAACGUGGUAAAGCCUUUGCUUUACAUGCUCACAGUCAUGCCCAAAGGCAUGAAAGGAUUCAUACAGAAAAGAUCCCCUAUGAAGUUAUUCACUGCAUCGAAGACUUUUUACCUUACACAAGUCUCGAAGUACAUAAAAGAACACAAACUGGCCAGAAACUGUAUGAAUGUAAACAAUGUGGUAAAGGAUUUGCAUGUCCCAGUCUUCUUAAAAGGCAUGAAAGAAUUCAUACUGUCGAGAAACCCUACAAAUGUAAUCAGUGUGAUAAAGCCUUUUCCCUUAAAUAUAGUCUCCAAAGACAUAUAAGGAUACAUACUGGAGAAAAACCCUUCAAAUGUAAUCAAUGUGAAAAAGCCUUUUCACAUCAUUGUAAUCUUCAAAUUCAUAGAAGAACACAUACCAGAGAGAAACCCUUCAAAUGUAAUGAAUGUGAUAAAGCCUUUUCCCAAUUUGGUCAUCUCCAAACUCAUAGAAGAACACAUACCGGAGAGAAACCCUUCAAAUGUAAUGAAUGUGAUAAAGCCUUUUCAGAGAAAGGUAGUCUCCAAUCACAUAUAAGGAUACAUACUGGAGAAAACCCCUACAAAUGUAAUCAAUGUGAUAAAGCCUUUUCCCAUAAACAGAGUCUCCUAAUACAUAUAAGGAUACAUACUGGAGAAAAACCCUACAAAUGUAAUCAAUGUGAUAAAGCCUUUUACGAUAAACAUAUUCUCAAAAACCAUAUAAGGAUACAUACUGGAGAAAAACCCUACAAAUGUAAUCUUUGUGAUAAAGUCUUUUCACGACACUUUCACCUCCAAAAUCAUAUAAGAACACAUACUGGAGAGAAGCCUUACAGAUGUAAUGAAUGUGAUAAAGCCUUUUCACAUCACAGGACUCUUCAAACUCAUAGAAGAACACAUACUGGAGAGAAACCCUUCAAAUGUAAUCAGUGUGAUAAAGCCUUUUCCCAUAAACAGAGUCUCCUAGUACAUAUAAGGAUACAUACUGGAGAAAAACCCUACAAAUGUAAUCAAUGUGAUAAAGCCUUUUCCCAUAAACAUAAUCUCCAAAUACAUAUAAGGAUACAUACUGGAGAAAAACCCUACAAAUGUAAUCAAUGUGAUAAAGCCUUUUCCUAUAAGCAGAAUCUCCAAAUACAUAUAAGGAUACAUACUGGAGAGAAACCCUACAAAUGUAAUGAAUGUGAUAAAGCUUUUUUACACCAAGGUAAUCUUCAAACUCAUAGAAGAACACAUACCAGAGACAAACCCUUCAAAUGUAAUCUUUGUGAUAAAGUCUUUUCACGACACUUUCACCUCCAAAAUCAUAUAAGAACACAUACUAGAGAGAAGCCUUACAAAUGUAAUGAAUGUGAUAAAGGCUUUUCACAACACAGUUCUCUUCAAACUCAUAGAAGAACACAUACCGGAGAGAAACCCUUCAAAUGUAAUCAGUGUGAUAAAGCCUUUUCCUGUAAACAUCAUCUCCAAACACAUAUAAGGAUACAUACUGGAGAAAAACCCUACUAAUAUAAUCAAUGUGAUAAAGCCUUUUCACAACACAUUACUCUUCAAACUCAUAGAAGAACACAUACCUGAGAGAAACCCUACUAAUAUAAUCAAUGUGAUAAAGCCUUUUCCCAAUAAGGUCAUCUCCAAAUUCAUAGAACAAAUACCUGAGAGAAACCCUUCAAAUGUAAUGAAUGUGAAAAAGCCUUUUCCCANCAUUAUAAUCUACAAAUUCAUAAGAGAAGACAUACUAGAGAGAAACCUUACAAGUGUAUUCAGUGUGUGUAAGUCUUUUCAAAGCAUGGUNAUCUUCAAAAGAAUAAAAGAAUCCACACUGGAGAAAAAAAGCUAUGAAGGAAAUGGAUGUGAGCAACCUUUUUUACAACGCCAUCAUUUCUGAAUGUGUAAGUAAACAUAAUGAAGAGAAAGACUGAAUGUGAUCAUAGUCUUAAUCGUCGUGAACACAUUUGUAGAGGCCAGAAUCCUUCUGAGUAUAAGCAAUGUGGAAAAAUCUAUGCCAGGCAGUUAGCUCCUAAUGCAGCAAGGAGCACAUACUGCAGAGAGAGAGAGAGAGAGAGAGAGAGAGAGAGAGAGACUAUAAAUAUACACAAUGUGGUAAACCUUUGCAUAUCACAGUUAUCUUUGAAUACAUAAAAGAGCACAUGACAUAUCUCAGAAUACAUAAAAGAAGACACUGGAGAGUGAAACUGUGUGUGAAUAAUGUGGUAAGGCCUUUGCAGUUGACAUUGAUCUCAUAAUGUAUAAAUUAACAUAGACUUGUAAGAAACCUCAUAAAAACAAGGAAUGUGGUAAGCUUGUGUGUGGACCAGUUGUUUUUUCUUGAGAAAAAUCCAUGCUGCAGGGUAACCCUGUAAGUGGAUCCACUGUGGAAACAUUUUGUUCGUCACAGUAUCUGUAUGCAAGAAUAAAACCUUUAGCAUGUACUGGGUCUGUGAAAGUUUGCAUGUCACAAUAAUCUUUUAGGACUUUAAAGAACUCAAAAAUAAGGCAAUCUGUGACUCUUAUGGACACGGUUCCAUCUUGGGCCAACCCAGUUAUAUUAAUUUACACAACAUUAUUCAUUCUUGAGAAAACCUUUAGCAACUGUCAAUUCUCUUCUCAAGUAUGAUGAUGUCUCUAUUUUAUUCAAACAUGGAAACUCAUAGGGAAACAAGCCCUAUGAGGUCCAUUGAUAAGGUAACUGGUUUAGAAUUCACAGUUCACUUUAAGUCCAUGAAAUAACUCAUUCAGGUGUGAAACACUGAUGGUGAGUAUUAGUGCCUUCUUUUUUUAUUUUUGUGAUAAAAUGUCUAAGGUAUUGUAGAAAACUGCAGUCCCAAACCAGGGUUUCCACCCCAGCUUUGGCCAUUUCUUUUCCAGAUAAAACACACACAACUAAUAUAUUUGUAAUAAAGCUUAAUCAACACCCAA